AUAAAAUUUAUUCAAAAAAUAUUUUUCCAACAAAACAGAAAAAAAUCUUUUAGCAAAGCAAUAUGCCAAAUAAUUGAAUUUGUUGUAUAGGAAAACCAGUUUCGUGGAUUAUGAUUGCACCAUCUGUUACUCCGAGAAAGACGAAUGUUUUAUCCAAUAAUCCGGCAAUGAGGCUUUACAAAUUCGAUACGGAUACGGGACAAGUGUUGGAUUAUACGCAGUACUAUUUAGAUCUGGAUUCUGCAAACACAUUGGGAGAAGCUACUUGGCUACCAGAAUAUAAUUUAACUACACAGUACUUUGGAUCGGGUGAAGUAAAUGCGGUUGCUUUACACAAUUUGGUGGACAGGUUUCCGAAUGGUGAAAAUCCGUUGUUUGCCAAGUACUACCGAGCGAAUUCCGUGCGUUAUAAAACGGAUCCGUGUGAGGGGGUCUGUGCACUGCAACAUUAUUGUGCCAUAACUCGUGUGGAUUACCGCGAAUUUCGACAAUGUUUGGAAACUGCAGCCAGUGCCCUUGCAUCCAGUUCCAAAUCGAGUAGUUCAUCAAUAACACAAUAUUUGACAUUGGUCUUAACGAUAUUCGUAACAUUCAAAUGUGACCAAAGAAAAUUGCUAUUUGACUGGCUCCAUUUUCUAUUCGACACCGGCAUUUCCAUGGUGAAAAUUAUUUCACCGUUACCGUCAUUAAUGUGCUUGAUAAUUCGAAAUAUUUUUUCAAAAAUAAUUUUCAAUAGAACACAUUUUUCGCUGUUGAUUGAUCGUCGAAAAUCCGAUUCGAUGUGGUGUGAGAAAUGGUGGUGGUGGUUGAUGUGCGUACGAAUAGCUUUAAUUAAAACAACCAAUUUAUUUAAAUUGAUUUUCAAUUUUGGAAAAUCGUACUGUAGGCGGAGAUGUGGACGGAACAUGACAAGAACAUUCACAGCACAUUUAAUUGCAUUUACAUUUAAUUUAGUAAAACCAUCAUUCACAACAUCAGCAUCAUCAACAACAAACAACUGUAAUUGCCAAAGUAAUUUAACGAAAGUAGGUAGCUUUAAUACGAUGCAUAAAAUUGUGCAUGAAGAAUGUAGUAGAAUGUAAUUGGGGAAACUAAGUGAAAAGAUUGUGUGCGUGGGUGUGGAUGUGUACACAAGCAUAUAUUGUGCACAUAUAUUGACCAUUAUACAGAAUUUGUGUGAAAGAAGCUUUUGAUAGGAGUAAGAAAUAUUUUUAAAAAAUAAAAAUAAAAUUUUUGAAAAUAGAGAAAAGUUGUAAUAAACUGUACAAUGUGAAAAUGCGCUGAAUAUGUGAAAAAGCUUUUUGGUAUAAAUGUCUAAAACAAUAUGUGCUGUGCUAAAACCACUGAUCUAAAUAAAAGAAAUUAAAUUUAAAAAAAAAAUAGCAAUUUGACAUGGUCAAAUAAAUAUACAUCUGGAAUAUGUAGCGAUAAAAUUUUGCAGUCUGUGCUGGUUCAAGUUACGAUUAUUAUUUUUACAUUGGCCAUUUUUGUUUUCAAAUUCAUUGAAAUUUGUUCAUUCGUAAAAUGUUUCAAUUUGAUUCGAUUUUCAACGUAUACAUUUUUGUCUGUUUAUCUGCUUUAUUGUUACGGUUGGGAACAUGAGUCUGCUUAUUUUUUACACUUUGUUAAGUUUUCUGAUUAGUGGUUUGGUUACCUUUAUGAAUAUGACUGCUAUCGUUAUGAUUACAGCUCAAACGAAAAUGGUGGUAGGUGAAGUAGAGGAUUCAUUAAAAGAAGUGUCCAUCGUUUCCUUAUCUAGACAUGGAACUCACUAUUGGUAACCAAGGUGUAAGCCACUCUAGGGAUUAUUUAGGACAAUUUAGGACUAUUUUGAAAUUGACACUAUGGUUGUAAGUUGACGUUGAAGUUAACUAAAUAUCAUUUAUCCUGACAGGUGUUAGAACUGAAUUUUCAUAUAGGGUCUACUAGAAUCGAUGUUUAUAAAUUAAAAAUAUAAAUUAAGUUUCGAUCAUAUCGGCAGUUUUAUCCGUUAUCCGUUUUUGUUUUAUUUAGUUUAGAAUGUUUCACUGAACACGAAAGUGAACCAUUCCCUGCUAUAUGUGUUUUUUCAGUUUUUUUUUCAGUCUGCCAACAUCAAUUACAUCUAAGCAAUUUUAAUUAUACGGAGAUUAUAACAUAUCAUAUUUUCCAUCAUGUAUUUAACCAUUUAACGAAUGGCAGGUGUAGGAUCUUUUACUUUUUUUAUUUCCAAAAAUAUCCGAAGUCAAGUUUUCAACACGAAAUCUCUUCAUUCGUUUGACCAUAGAUUUCACUAUAAAGACAAUGACCAUGCUAACCAGAGGCCAUCUCAUUUUUUCCUUUACUGUCGAUAGCAGAUGAUUCGCCGUUUCUGAAAGGGUGAUUUGUAUGAAAUAAAAAUUAUCUAAAAAUUCAUUGUCACCUGUUGCGCUUAGCGUUCUCAGAAUUGUUAUUGUGGUAUGGUUUCAAAAACUGUACCGAAAUUUUGUUAAAAAGGUGUACUGUCAUGUUAUUUCGACAUUUCGAUAUUUAAUUAUUUUAUCAUUCAAACGGCGGAAAAUUAUUAUGGUCCUGGAAUCUAAUUAAUUUUUUUUUUAUGUUUUACCCUUUUUUUCGAUUUAUUAUUCAAUUGAACAAAAUUAUUUUUGGCUUAUGUACACUGUACAGUUUGUUGAGUUUUUUUUUAGUGAUUCGUUAAUUAUGAUUCCAUUCCAGUUUCGCUUAUAAAUGUUUUUUCAAAUAAAGGAAAAUAAUUAAAACGAUAAACAAAAACAAACAUUUUGUCGUUCACAUUCAAAUAAAAAAAAAAUUAUUAUAAAAAUUCAUCCCAAAAAGGGGGAUAAUAUUUCUAAUAAUCAUUUGUUGAUAUGUAAAUAAAAUUAAUUUAGAUAAUAAAUAAAUAAUUUAAAAAAAACUAAAAGUAAAAAAAAUUCAAAUAGGAAAAGGAAAAUUUAAAUUUAAUACAAGAGGGACUAUGUAAUUUCGAUAAAUAUUAUUACAACUAUUAUGAAAUGAUAGUUUAAUUUGUCAUAAUGUAAUAAAAUGCAUUGAAAAUAUUUUUAUUCCUGUAAAAAAACUUUAUUUUUGUUUUACAAUUAAAUGUAUCGAACCGUUUUAAUUGUCGUUAAUGAUUAUAUUAUCAAAGAAAAAACACACAAAACAAUUAUAUUGAUAAAAAAUGAAAUAAA